GUUGACAAGGCCGCGGACUUUGGCAAAUUUUGCAGUUCCCUCUGCAAUAAGGCCUCUCAGCGGCCUACCGUCACGCGACCGAUUUCCGUGGAUCUGUCCGGUUCGGGUGCCCUGGCAGAUAAUAGCGCCAACAUGAAGGUCCUUGCGCCACACUCCCAGUCGCCGGAACCGAAGGCUGGUGGGCAACAACAACAGCCCAUUGUGGGCGGAUCUAAACAGGCCCUGAUCUACCUGCCCGGUGAGGUGGAUAGUUGUUUCAACGCGCCGCCGGAGCUUCAACGGUUUUCCAUGCAGUGCAUGCUUCAAAAGCGUCUACUCAUCCUACCUUCUGCUGGCGAAAGUAAUCAGCUACAACCUUAG